GGGAAGAGCGACAGUGACAGGUUGACAGCGAGGUUCGUCUCUUCCGCGGACUCCCCCCACUCCACUCCACCUCUGAUGAAGCCUCCUUUUCUUUUUCUUCCCCUUCCAUUCGCUAAAACCCUUCCUGUUCCUCGUAAUAGUAGCAGUAAUUCACCAACAAAUCUUUUUUUCCGUUCUCGUUUUCAUCGACGAAUCCAAGCAGAAACGUCUCGCCGCUGCCGGCCGGCCGCCGAAUUCCGUUUGCCCAUGCCUUUUACCAGCUCUGUUUCCUCCGCCCCAAUUCGGGUCCAGUUCCAGCCCAGCUAAUCAACUCCAACAACGCCUCAGCUGUCCCUCCCUGUUCUGUUCUUCAUUUCUUGCCCAAAUCGCCACACCACGAGCACCACCUGAACCCAAGCGUGGGCAGCUCGAUUACUUUCCGAGUUCGCCCGUUCUUCGAGGUUGGUGCGCUGGUGGUGGGGAGUGGGGAUGCACUGAGAUGAUGCCACUUUGAUUAGCAACAAACAACCCGCUGUUUCUUCUCGGAAUCCUUAAUCAUUUCCUCCCCUUUUUCUUUUUCGCUCGGUGAUCGCCUUUUCCCGAGAUUUUUGCAUUUUUAUUUGUCGGCGACCAUUGGCUCCGUCUCCGAGGCGGCGCCGAGCUCCUGAACCGAGCAGCCGGGCCGAUGUGGCGGCAGCGGCAGGCGCUGCUGGUGCUGGCGGUGGCGUUGUGAACAAGAAAUUCCUCGGGUUCCACGCGGCGGCACCCUUUGGCGUUUCGGCCCCUUCCUUUCCUCCCUUUUCCGCUGGUUUUUUUCUGGUGGGAGCCUGGGGGGUUUUGCGUGGCUCUCCGGUUGGGUUUAGGACGGACGCCACGGCAUCUCUCUCGGCUCUCGCUCGCGGCUCGCCCCUGAUUUGUGAUUUCCCCCACCUUCCAUUCGUCAUCUCUGAUUGGGUUUCCUUCCCGAUUCGUUCCCCCGAGCUGGUGCCUCUGAUUCGGUUUUCUGGGAGAAAAGUUGCGAUUUUUGGGUGAAGUUUUUUCGGUUUGUUGGAUCGAAUCGAUCCAUGGCGUCGUCCUGCAUCCCGGCCGGCCUCCGGCUGGACCUGGAGAUGGUCAAGGCGGCGGGCGCGGCGGCGGCGGCGCCGCGCCCGGCGCACUCCGCGGCGGCGUCCUCCACGCUCUCGGAGGCGUCCAACGCGUCCUCCUCCUCGGCGACGUCGUCGGUCGCCUCGCUGUCGCUCAAGCGCCCGCGCACGCCGCGGAAGCGCCCCAACCAGACGUACAACGAGGCGGCGGCGCUGCUCGCCUCCAUGUAUCCCUCCGUCUUCCCCGCCGCCAUGGGGCCCGAGGCGGCGCCGCCCCGCCUCCUCGGCCUCGCCUCCGCCCUCGCCGACGACCCCGGCUGCUCCGACCUCCUCCCGCCGUUCCCCGUCCUCGACCAGGCCGCGUUCCUCCUCCGCGACCUGCCGCCGCCGCAGACACCGCCGAUGCCGAUGCCGAUGAGCCCCGUCCCCGCCAAGAGCUGCCCGUCGCCGGCCGGCGUGAGCAGCGUCUUCAGCGAGUUUCGCGACCCGGCGCCGUCCCCCGCGACCCCCGACGCCGCGGCGGCGGACGAGCCCGGGGAGCUCGACUUCGACGACGAUGACAGCUUCGACGCUGAUUCCAUUCUGUGUGGCGUUGAUGAGAGCGCGGCGGAGGGCAUUGACGGCAUCAUGGGCAAGCUAUCCAUGGAAAACAAUGCAGCAGCAGCUUCCAGCACCAACUCCAACAUGCCCAGUUCCAAGAUACACCCAUACCUCAGGAACCUCAUGUUGCUGGGGCUCAGCUUCAGGCAUGAUCAGCGCAGCAUCAACCAAGCGCUAAAGCGGCAUAAUGUCAAUCCUGAAUGGUGGAUGUGCCCGGCCAUACCAGUGAAAGACAUUGCCCCGCCGCCACCACCACCACCAUUGGUGGCAAAACCAACAGUUUUGGAGAAGAAGAAGAGUAAGAAGAAGUUAUUGGAUUCCUUAUAUAAGGAUGUGGCCACUGAGCAUUGCAAGAAAGAAGAGGAAUGGACUCCUGACUUUGCCAAUGGUGGUACUGGAGUUUUGGCAUUGCCAAAGACAGGAUUGGGGCUGAGGUUGAACACUGAGCGGGUGCUCAAGGCAUGGUGCGGCAGAGGCUCAGUGUUCGCUGACCGCAAUGCAUCUGACCUACCAUUGUCUUCUGCUCAUGUGGUGGUUAAACAUGAAGGCAGUGAUAUGUUCCCAAAGAAUGGUACCAGUGCUGUUAUCAGGGAAGGCAACAUUCUAAAGAUGCAGCGCAAGCAGAAGAUGUGCACUCCCCUCCCCUCAAAUAAGAAUAGCCGGUACUACCGGCCUCGGGUCAAUGGAAGGUUUGUCAGCAAGGCGCAUUUUCUCCAGUUACAGCAUCAGCAGCAGCAAGCAUCAGAAAAGGAGAGCUAAAGAAGACAAAAUCCCGCCCCUAGGGGCAUCUCCGGGGUUUCCCUCUCACCCCCCGAGAGAAGCACAAAAACUUCUCCAAUUUCAUUUCUGCAGUGUUGUAGCGCUGCAGAUUGUAGAGAUGCCUGUAGAGUGGCUUGUUUCCAGGGGCGAUCAAAUGGUGGUUUUGCUAGCAACUUCUCCAGCUUCAGAUGCUGUUGUAAAAAAGGGCAUGGAGUAAUAUCCCUACCAGCUAAUGGAACCGUGUUGUUGGUGCGCUUCUGCAAUUCCUGCUGUUUCCUGUUCUUGGAAAUUUUGCCACAUGACACUCAAAAGGCAUCGAAAAAGUGAUCUUUGCUGAUGAACACUAUAAUCUCGUGUAUAUUUGUUGCUAGACACGAUUCAUUGUUCAGCAAAUAUACACAAAGUUGCAGUGUCUAACAAGGAUCGGUUUUGUCCGGUUCUUUCA